GAUAAAGGAGCUUGUGCAGCAUCAGCAGCAUCAGACACGAGCACAGCAGCGACGGUGAACGCUAGAGAAAUGGAUGGAGCGACCGAGAGCAUCGUCUGAAAGCCAGAGGCACCGUGAAUCAGGGCAGUCUUCGUCUACCCAUGUCUGCGCUGGUCGCUGUCGAACAGGACCUGGAGAAUCGCUGGAGAAACAGACCAAUUUGGAGCCCUCUCAGCUGGUUGAGUUGCUGUGGCUGACAGAUCCUUGGCUCAGUGAUUUGGACGAAUAUUUGGAGGUGGUUGGGUGGUUGGUGCUGGCAACUUGCUGAAGCAGCAGAGACCGAGACAGAGGCUACCUGAGGUGGACCAGUGCCCAGGGCUGAAGGCAGCAUGUUCUGCUUCUGUCUGCAGAGCUCCCUGCUUAAGCUGCAGGCUCUGGAAGGGGACAGUUGCUCCUCAUUAGGAUCCUCACCAGACAACAGUCCCCCAGCUCUAACACCAUCUCAGACCCAGACCCUUAACCCAGCCCUGGAUGGUAAGCAAGACAGCCAGGCCCUCUGCCACAGCUACUCAGGACGGGAGAAUGGCCCCCCAGCAGACCUUAUGUCCUUCCUGUGCCCCCCUCAGUCAGAGGGGGAGUCACCCCGCAGCAACCCCCCCCAGCAGAGCCCGGGACCCAGCCGCCUGCUGCACCACAUCACCGACGGCAACAGCCCACUGCCCUCCCCACGCUGCCACAGCCUCAGCCAGCGCUUCAACUCUGACCCCGACACUGCCCCUUCACCCCCCAGCUCCCAGCAAUUCAUACUUGCCCGUGGGCUUGACAGAGCCGACCUGCCAGAGGAGAGCAAGGACUCCAGUGUGCCUCUACUCACCAAGCACAUCCAGACCCUCAAGAAGAGGAUACGCAAGUUUGAGGAGCGAUUUGAACUAGAAAUGAACUAUAAGCCUUCACACAAUGACAAAAGUGCCAACCCUGAGAUGUUUAAACUCAUGACUGACCUGGCCAAGUCUCGCAAGCAACUCAAAGAACUGAAACUGAAACAGUCUGUGUUUGAAGGGAGGGAGUACAGGAGCGAUAUGCAGACAGAAAUCUGCAGGUACGGCAGUGUCCAGCAGGGGGCGUCAGAGCCCCAGCAUCACAAGCCUUCCCUGGAGGAGACGGUGGAGGCUCUGCUGAGGAGGCUGAGGGAGAAGCGCCACGACCUGGGCCUGCCAGACAACAUGAGGGAAAUGACCCAGAGGCAGAUGGCCCUGGAGAAGAUGACUCUGCAGAAGUGUUUGCUGUACUUCGAGAGCCUUCACGGCCGGCCGGGCACUAAGCAGGAGAGGAUCCUGGUGAAGCCUUUGUAUGACAGGUACCAGAUGAUCAAACACCUGCUAUGUACCAGUCCCAUCACUACCAUAGAAGAGGAGGAGGAUUCUGAUGAAGAGAAUGUCCAGCACUGCCCCACACCCCCUUGCCAACGUUUGCAGCCACUGACCACUGAGGAGGAAAGCGACCGGGAGAGUGACACUGCCUUUGUGUCCCCGCUGGACGAGGUCAAAGCAGUCCGUCUUCCGGCCAUCACCAUGGCCAACCUCCAUGAGGCGUCCAGGUCCGAGCUAGUGGUCUGCCUCAGAGAGACUCGCGUGGAGAAGAAAAGGCGACGUAAAGCCUUGAGGGAGUUUGAGGAGGAGUUCUUCAGACAGACAGGAAGGACUGCCCAGAAGGAGGACCGCACCCCCAUGGCAGAGGAGUACCAUGAGUACAAGAACCUCAAGGCUAAGCUCCGCCUCCUGGAAGUCCUUCUCAGCAAACAGGAAACCACAACAAAAUCUGUCUGAGUGAGAGUGGGACCACUCCCCAAUGUCUACACUAGCUUACUACCUAGUGUGCAUGGCCCAUAUGACCUUACUGGGGAAGUAGUAAGCAAUUGUGCAUAUUGGGAAGGAUUCUACCCAACGCUCUACCUUUCUCUCUACAGUGUGUUCUUAUAUAGCUCCCUUCAUGGUGAGUAGUCUCAUCCAUAAAUCUAUGACAGUACAGUAGUCUGUCCAACUGUCUGUAAUCCUUGUUUGAGAUUUGAUAAGGUCCGAUAUGUUAGAAAGAAAAAGGGAAGGAACUCUGCCUUGUUUGUUUGUUGUUUUUUUCAUAUUGAUCGACUUGUGGACCAAAAUGUGUUAGUUUUUUAACAGAUUUGUUUGUGCCAUAUAUUGACAUUGUAAUGCACUUUAAAAUUGACUCCUGGAGUUGUUCAGGAGUUUAAGAUAGAUGUUUAAAAGAAGGACUCUUGGGGCAUGUUUCAUUCCAGAAUGUUGUCCUUUCCUAUGUGUCCCUGUACAAUCCCCAGAAACUGAAAUGGAACACACCCUUGUUAUCUGUGACAAGAUGCUAUGCACUAUGUUGUGCUAUGUUGUGUUCUAGCCGAAAGACACUUUAUAUAUUCAGGAAUCACCAGGAGUUUCCACACUGUAUUAUUACUGGCAUUUCUGUUAAAAGAGAGAUGAAAUUGAAAUCCACCUUUCUGUGUAAUUUAUGGCACUUUCUAUUGAAAUGGGGAUUGAUUUCAUCAGCCAAAGUUCAAAUCCCAUAUGCAAAUAUGUUUUGAUUUAGCAAAAUUUGUUGUCCAAUUCUAAAAAUACAAAAUAUGUAUUAAACUGACAAUAUGCAUGAAUGUGAAUGGCCAGAGAGAGUGCUAAGGGGUUACAGGGUAUAGAUUCCCUACAUGGACUGCACAGAUACGAUUGCAUAUCAUCAACCCUUCGGAACUGCUUGUUUGACUUACAUUAAUUAUGCAACAAACACAAUAAUAAUCUUCCUCACACAGAAAUCAACAGAUACAAAACCCACAAUGGAUGAACAUUAUGCAUAAAAAGG